CAUCAAGCCUCCGCUUGCGAAGCAGCCAUAGAAAGCAGACCUCAAUCACACGACAAUCCGGUGUGAUUGCAAGGGAACUAAAAUGAAGGCAGGGAUCGUAAGCAUCUUGCUGCUCCUGAUCUCAUGUAGUCAUGGACUUGAGAGAGGAAAGGACUACUUCAAAGAAAAAGUUUGUAAUGAAUACAACACAUGGGGAAAAAAGAACUUUCGCUCCUUGUCAAUUGUCAUAAACAGCAGGAAAUAUUCUAAUGCCACCUUUGAUCAAAUCAUCAAUCUCGUGGACGAGAUGGUAAACCUGGCUGAAAAAUGUUGUGCUGCAGGAGCUGAUCCGAACUGUUAUAAUGAAGAGUCUUCUGCUUUAUCUAAUAAGUCCUGCAGUCCAGAUGCUCCUUUCCCAAAACACCCAGGGAUAGCUGGGUGCUGCAUUGAGGAAGGCCUUGCUCGGAAGCUGUGCCUGGCAGCCUUGAAACACCCACCGAAGGAGUUCUCGACCUAUGUGGAGCCAUCUAAUGAGGAACUAUGUGAUGCCCUCGAGAAGGACCCUCAGGGCUUUGAAGAGAGGUUUUUGGCUGAGUAUUCCAGUGACUACAGCUAUGCUCCUUUGCCAAUCUUGCUGAACUCUACAGCAACUUAUUUAUCCAUUGUUAGAACUUGCUGCACCAGCACACAGCGUAACACCUGCUUCUUGAAAGAGAGGCUACAACAGAAGCCUGUUCAGACACUUGCUCAUCUAUCAAACAAAGCCUGCUCUCUCCAUGCCUUAUUUGGGAAAAAUAAAACAAAAGUCAGCUACUUAAUCAAAUUUACCCAGCAAAGCCCAAGGCUGCCCUUUGCGAAUGCCAUAGCCCUUGCCGAAGAAGCAUCUGAAAUUCUUUCCAAGUGCUGUUCUAGUUUGGAAGAAAACUGUAUCCAGAAUGAGGUCAAGAUUCACAUCGCCAACAUCUGCAAUACGGUCUGUGCCCGGAAUGAAAGGAUUAAAAACUGUUGCACUUCUAAAGAUGACAUAGGAAAAUACUUAUGUAUUUACUCACUCCCAUGGGACAAACAUCCCGAAGUCCCUCAGACUCCCAGUUUGAUUGAUGAAGGCAUCUGCAGAGCAGGUGGUGAAGAAGACAUAUAUCAUUAUAUUUCUGACAUCGCUCGGCAGUAUACCCGUGCUCCAGAGGCUCUUCUCAUUACCUUGUAUGAUGCCAGCCAAGCUGCUGCCAGUGAUUGCUGUGGCCAGGCUGACCCCCACAGCUGUUUUGCAGAGAAGAACUCGCAAACGAUCGCCCCACUACAACCUUUGAUUGCAAAAGGAAAUGAGCUUUGUGCAGAAUAUUCAGAUCAUACUUUCGUGGAAUUCCUCAAGAGACUAAAAGCAAACGCCAGUAGGCUGCUUCCCCCCGGUACUUUGGAUACUGAGGAUCAUCUGUCUGCUGUGGUUGAACAGAGGACUAGUUAUGUUUCCAAGUGCUGUCAUCUGAAUGCACCUCCAGCAUAUUGUGGAAUGCAAAAAGAAGAAGGAAUCGAAACGAAGUGAGAUGAGGGAAAAUAUCUAUCAGGAAGUCCAAUUAGUUCUGAAAUGUUUCUCCAACAUUUGCAAGCCCUGAUACCGUACUGUAAUACUGUCAUGUGAUAUCCCAUAGCAACACGCUCCUGUUUCAGCCUGCAGAUGGCAAUGUUAUGCCAUCUAUCAAACAUUAUGACAUUCUAUGCUUCCUCUUGCCUUCUUCGUGUUCCUUUGGGUGGAAGAUAUAAAGAAAUAAAGAUUAAGAAUAGCCUUCUGCAACCUGGCGCCCUCCAAAUGUGCUGGGAGGUCCCAGCCAAC